AUGGCGGAACCGACCAUAGCAAAUCUCAAGGACCUCCCGGCCCUCUAUAUUUCGUCCAGAGAUGUAGGCGAUGUACUCGUAGGGCAAGACGACGCUCGCCGUCUCAUCGAAACAUGCUCGUCUGGCGACGACGCGGCCUUAUGGAGUCUGCUAUCACAGCCACAACACAUCACGACGAUGCUCAGUAAACCACACACCAUCUAUAGUAAAGAUCCACGUGGGAAAGUUAUGGCAAGGCCAAUUCCAAAUCUUGAGCGGGCCUUGAUGGUAGCGGCUCAGAAUGGCCACGCUGCUGUUGUGACCGCACUACUUGCUUUUGCAACAGAGCUUGACGUUUCCCUCUCCGAUAUCAUGGAUAGAGAUGUCGUCAACAAGGCCAUCGACGGUGGCCACGCCGCUGUCAUCCAGGCACUAGGCGCCGCCUACCCGAAGGUCAUCGAGAUCCGCAUCGGCCACGGCCACCAGCGGCCACUUUACGAGGCCGUGAGGCGAAGGAAACCAGAUGUAGUUGCUGCACUUCUCGAGCUUGGGGCAGAUCCAUUGCAUCCCGUUGCGCCGGGCUAUAAGAAACUCGGAAACUUUCGAUCGUCUCUGAUGUCUUUCGCUGCCAUGAAUGAGGGUCCACGCACGACUGAGAUGCUGUUGGAGCGCGGUACGCCUAUAGCGGGCACUGCUGCGUUGCAUACCGCUGCGAGAUUCGGUCAGCUCGAUACUAUGCGUCUGCUGAUAAAGCAUGGCGCGGACUUGGAGGAGGUCGUUCCGGGCUGGAAGGGCUGGACACCGAUGCACUUUGCUGCCUCGACUGGCAAAGCCGAUGCCAUGAAACUGCUGGUGGAACAUGGCGCACGCGUAAACUCGAGAGACGAGGAUGGGAAGACGCCUAAGCAACUGAUGUAG